UCUGACGAUCUUACUCAUAUUGGACUUGCUACUAAUGUGAUCCAUAGUGUGACGGUGCUGCUUGGUCACGUUGACAAAGCUGUUCUCGUAUCAAGCAAAGUCCACAGAACAGGAAAGAACUGCGUUUCCAGUUCCUGCAGAGUCCAGGCCCUGCCCCUGCGUCCUGCUCCAAAACCCUGUGGGGUGUUCCGGGCAGGGCACUGUGCUGGUUGUGGAUUCUUGGACAGAUGGAGAUCUCUUUCGCGGGGAAGCACGCUCUAGUCACGGGAGCAGGGAAAGGUAUUGGCAGAGCCACAGCAUGUGCCCUGUCCCACUGUGGAGCAAAGGUCACUGCUCUCACACGCACACAGACUGACCUGGACAGCCUGCUUCUCAAGUGUCCCUCCAUUGUUCCUGUGUGUGUGGACCUGUCUGACUGGGGGGCUACAGCAGCGGCCCUAGAGCAUGCGGGACCCUUUGAUCUGCUUGUCAACAAUGCAGCCUGCGCCAAUCUGCAGUCAUUCCUAGAGGUCACCCCGGAGAAGUUUGACCAGUCAUUCAAUGUGAAUGUGAGGGCUGUUCUGCAUGUGUCCCAGAUAGUGGCCCGUUCCAUGAAGGCCCGGGGCUCUGGAGGGUCCAUUGUGAAUGUGUCGAGCCAGGCUUCACAGUGCGCUCUUAGGGACCACGCUGUCUAUUGUUCAACUAAAGCAGCCUUGGACAUGUUGACCAAAGUUAUGGCCCUGGAGCUGGGUCCCUAUCAGAUCCGUGUGAACUCUGUAAACCCCACAGUGGUGAUGACUGAGAUGGGACGUAUUGGCUGGAGUGAUCCUGAAAAAGCCAGCGCUAUGAAGUCUCGCAUUCCCUUGGGUCGAUUUGCAGAGGUGGAAGAUGUGGUCAACAGUAUUUUGUUCCUGCUGAGUGACAAGAGCAACAUGAUCAGUGGAGCAACGCUGCCAGUGGACGGGGGCUUCUUGUGUUGUUGAGAUCAUUUUUUGCAUUACAAUAAAGUCAUUUUACCC